AUGUUCGUUCCAGUCGCCCAUGUUGCCCGUUCUCUUCUCUCCAGUGUUGUUGCUAUCUUUACUUCAACAAACAUGCCUGCCAGUGUAGUCUUCUCGCAAUUUUUGCCCCUGUUAGCAGUCAAAAUUGGACGCUUUGUCACUAAUGUUGACGAGCCCUACCAAGAUUAUUGCGACCCCGAUAUCGAUUUCAGCUUGAAGGUCGUUGAGAAAGUCGACACGCAGUAUGAUGGACUCGACUCUAAAGCAGCUCAGCAGAGUUUCACUUCUGAGCUGACCGCCUUGCUCUCCUCAACUUUCUCAAAGCGUCAUAAAACGUCAAUUCGAAUCAUCACGAACCAAAUUAAAACCUAUUAUCUUGACAAUAACGGUGAAUGCUUUCGGAACGCCGUACAAUCGGAAAGCGUUAGGAGGUGGAUUGAACAAACAGUAGAUGAAGGAGAAGAUAUCUACUUUGUGGUUGGCUAUCGUACAAUAAACGACGCCUAUGUCGCAACACGCACAGGAGCACAGGUCGGCAUGGGUGGGAAGCUUGUCAUGCCAGUUUCUGCAGGAUUGACCGCAGCAGGGGUAGUCGUGCCGCUCGGGAGCAUAUUUGACCCUGGCUUGACCGGUAGCGUAGGAUAUACAGACGAGCAGCAGAGGUUAUUUGUGUCUCAGGGCGAGCAGAUUAUCGCUGUGCAAUAUCGCAAGGUUAGCUUUAAAUGGUUCGCGAGCAAGACUGCUGAUAGGGCGACGCUGGCCAAGAAGACGCAAUGGGAACAGUAUGACCGUCCUCGCUAUCUCCACAGCGAUGGAAUCGAUAGAGUCGAGGUUGAUCUGGAGGAUGAUUUGGCAUUUGAGGGUGAGCGUGAGAAACAUUCUAUAGGAUCUGAGGAGAUUAUCUUUUCUGCUCAAAUUCAAGAAUAA